AUGGCAUCCAAAUUCAUCUCAUUCCCGGUCUUCGCCAUCUUUCUGUUUGCUUGCUUAUCCCUUCUUGCGUGUGCAAGUCCCAUCCCCAUCGUUCUUCCACCCAGUGAGGGCAUCACUCUUUUCAAGGAUGUUGUUGCGCGCGAGGCUUUGCUCGAGGUUAAUGUAUUAAGACGCGAAGCUGCUCCACUUUUGGAGUUGAAUGAAGCCACCGAUGUCUUGGCGCGAGACGAAGACGCAGGACUCAUCGUGGAACCCUCCACACUCGUCGAUGAUCCCGGCGAUGAUCUGGAGGCACGCAUCUGUCGUUAUGGAUGCCUUUGA